AUGAAUUUUCCGCUUUCAAGGCAAAGUUCAGAGAGGCGGACAACAUAUACAGACAAAUCAGAAUCUCCUAAUAUCGGAAUGUGUACGAUCAACUACAAAUCAAACCUUCCCCUACAGGUGCAAACAGCUGAACAUCUAACCCCUAGUAUAAAUAAUCAAUUGUACGGCCAAAAUAGCUACAAAAACGAACAAGAAUGUUACAACAAUGCUAAAAUAAACUUACCGCCAAUUUCGUCUCUUUUACCCAAUUUUGAAAGUGGCUCACGUGCCAAUGCCGACACAAGGCUUCAGCUCCCUCCACAGCAGGUCUACCAUGGUAUGAAUAUAGUGCCUAUGGUUAACGAGGUUUACACGCCGAUUUCUAUGAAUGUAACACCUGAUCAAUAUCCUAUAUAUUUUUCUGAUAACCAGCAACAAAUACCACAUAACCAACCGGCUCAUAUAACGUCAUCAGCUCCCCUUAUGAUGCCAGUCAUCGUACCAACUCUCUAUAAGCCGAUGGGACCAUAUGAAAAAGAGCCGAUAACAGUAGCUCCUGAACCAAAUUUUGCUGCAUUAUCAAUGGUUGCUCCCUCGAAUACCACUAUAGAUGUAUGUCAGAGUAGGCCAAAAUCAGUCCCGCCUAAAUACAGCAUAAUCCCAGGUAUACAUGAGGACGGUAAUAGUAGAACUAAAAGCGAACCCGGUACUUCUUCAAAUUCUUCAGCAGCAUUCUCCGAUUGGAAAAACGGUAGUCGAAUAACAUCUGCAAAACUAAGAAAGCAGUGCCCUGUAUGUGGCAAAAUUUGCUCGAGGCCCUCAACGUUAAAGACACAUUAUUUAAUACAUACAGGGGAUACCCCUUUCAAGUGCACUUGGGAAGGUUGCUCAAAAUCUUUUAAUGUAAAGAGUAAUAUGCUGAGACAUUUGAAGAGCCACGAAAGGAAAAGAAACAAGGUCUUAAACACAACUUAA